ACUAGAGGGAGGGUCCAAACAGAAGUGCGCAAUAAGAUGUCGUUGAAUAAAGAAACGAAAGGGAAAACGACAACAACUCAACAUAACUGCGAUGCAGAAAAACCUAGUCGUAAGGACAGAAAAACUCUAAACACAGAACAAAUAACACACAGUUAAACCUUGAUUUGGUUUGAGCAGGUCAAAACAAAUGAAAAACCAACCGACAAGGACUGUGCACAAACAAGAACUUUAAACACUCAAAGGUAAAAGUAAUUACACAAAUUAUAACACAGGGAACAAACAGGAAAUGACAACAGAUCAAACCCAGAGCGCCCCCCGCAGGAGGGAUGGCCUGUAACGGUGCAAUGUCUGCACUGGGGGUUUGUGCCAUGGAGGCGAGGAGGAGGAGGAUUUCAUCCAGAGGUUUUAAUAUUGAUUAUGUCUGAACCCAUCCAAAACGGGAGGACUCCAUAAACUGACCUCAUCUGAAAGACGUUAUCCUGGUGCUGGUGUGAAGAUGCUCAUUGGAACUAACGCUCCAAAGCUGAUUGAGCCUUGGGAGCUACUUAAUAGUCAGGAUGAAAUACCCUCAUCAUUAAUGGUCCACUUCAUGGCAAAGGUUGCUGCUUAGCUGUAGCAGUUAAAUCACUACCGAACAUCUGCAACGGGUGCCGGUUAAACAGCAGAGCCAUGAAUACAACAGCAGACCAUCAGAAGGAGAAAGGACUCCAGGAGGAGGUGUAAGACUUCACCAUCACAACCCCAAGAGAAAGAUCUCCCUCUGCAGACUAACGAAAGAGAUCCAGCCUACGCAAGAGACUAGAAAAGGACGGAGAGGAUAAAGUGGAAAGCAAACAAUCCAGUGAGGAAAUGGAGGUUGAAACAAGGGAGAAGCAAGAACUAUUCCAAACGCCAGCGCGGUGACUAAGGUUUCUGAGCAGAAAUGCAAACAGAAGCUGUUAGGAGCACACAGCCUCCACUGCAGCACCGAACGAAGGUGCAUCUGCAGCUGAUGCACUGCACUCUUUGGAGAUGAUAAUGCACAAGUGGUCAGCACAUGGAGCUCAGCUUUAGUGGGGGUGGAGUCGCAGGAUGAAGGAUCCAGCAUUUGGCUUCUCGCUGUAAUAUCACUGUCCUUUCAUUCAUGAAAAAACUGCUCCUAAGGAAACAAGCCCUUGAUGGAUUAUUCCUGAGGAAGUGGCAGCAGUGCAACCCGUCACACAAAUUCCUCCCUCAGUCUCACUCAGUGAACCGGAGUGAUGAGUGAUGCAGGCUGUGGAUCAGGAGGAAAGUGAACAGGAAGUGGGUCACAGGUGAUGGUGAUGAAACGCUUCACCGUUUUUCCAGGAAGCUCCUUCAGUCUGAGGAGGUUGGCUGGAGGCCACCUGUUUAUCCUUCAGUAAGGUGUGACCUCACCUGUAAACUGUGGGACUGGAGCGAUGGGUAAAAAAGGCAAGAAAGACAAGAAGGUGAAGGGAGCGGAGAAGACAGCUGCCAAGAUGGAGAAAAAGGUUUCAAAGAGGUCCAAACGAGAAGAGGAGGAUUUAGAGGCUCUGAUUGCUGAGUUUCAGAAUCUGGAUGCAAAAAAGACCCAGGUAGUAGAGACAACGUGUCCACCUCCAUCACCAAGACUGAAUGCAUCUCUGUGUGCCCAUCCUGACAAAGAUGAGCUCAUCCUGUUUGGAGGAGAAUUCUUCAAUGGAAAAAAGACAUACUUGUACAACGAUCUGUUUUUUUAUAACAUCAAAAAGAACAGCUGGGUCAAAUCAGAGAUCCCCAACCCGCCUCCACCGCGCUGCUCUCAUCAGGCUGUGGUAGUUUCCCAGGGUGGGGGCCAGAUCUGGGUGUUCGGGGGAGAGUUUGCAUCUCCAAACGGAGAACAGUUCUACCACUACAAGGACCUUUGGGUGCUGCACCUAGCUACGCACACCUGGGAGAACAUUAAAGCACCAGGAGGUCCGUCAGGUCGCAGUGGCCACCGAAUGGUCCUCAGCAAGAAACAGCUGCUGGUGUUUGGAGGUUUCCAUGAGAGCACCAGGGAUUUCAUCUACUACAAUGACGUCUACUCGUUCUCCUUGGACACCUUCUCGUGGUCACGCCUCUCUCCAUCAGGCUCUGCACCCUCCCCGCGCUCUGCCUGUCAGAUGACGUCCACACCUGACGGCAGCGGGGUCAUCAUCUAUGGAGGAUACUCUAAAGUGAGAAUCAAGAAAGAUGUAGAAAAGGGGACCAUCCACUCUGACAUGUUUCUUUUGAAGAGAGAGGGUAAAGAUGGUCAAGAGAGUUGGUCGUGGUCCAGGGUGAACCCCUCAGGUAACAAGCCCCCUCCACGCUCUGGAUUCUCUUUGGCUGUGGGGCCAUUGGGGCGGGCAAUGCUUUUUGGGGGUGUUUGUGAUGAGGAAGAGGAAGAGUCACUGGAGGGCGACUUCUACAACGACCUGUACCUGUACGACACCGUAAAGAACCGCUGGUAUCCUGGACAGCUUAGGGGAAACAAGUCAGAGAAAAAGAAAAGACGAAGGGGGAAGAAGGGCGAAGCAGAAGCAGAGAAGGAAGAAGACAAGGCAACACCUCAAGAGCCAACUGAGGUCAUCAAGGAGAUCAUUACAGAAGAUGGCACAGUGAUGACCAUCAAGGAAAUAAUCCCUGGAGCUCAGGAGGAGGAGGAGGAAGAUGAAGGUGAAGAAGAUGAUGAUGAUGAUGAUGAAUCGGCCUCGGCUGCGCUGGUGGAGCCCUGUCCGAGGUCCAGCGCCAUGGCAACCACGCGUCAGGGCAAACUCUUCCUAUACGGCGGAAUGUUCGAGGUUGGCGAUCGGCAGUUCACCCUCAAUGACUUUUACUGCUUGGACCUUCACAAGAUGGACCAAUGGGAGGUUCUGGUUGAAAUGGAUCCGAAGACGCAAGAGUGGCUGGAUGAGUCUGAGUCAGAGGGCGAUGACGAGGAGGAGGAAGAGGAGGAGGGGGCGAAAGCAGCAGCAGAUGAGGAGGAGGAAUCUGAAAAGGAAAGUGAGGAUGAAGAAGACGAAGAGGAGCAUCCGUCAGCACAGGAGGGAGAGAGCGUGACAGAUUACCAGACUCGGACGGAGCAGUACUGGAUGGAGCUGGCACGUGCCAACAUGGGCCCGGAUGCCAAGGACAAAAAGGUUGCCAAGGUGGCCCUAUCCAUGGCUAAAAUCUUCUACGAAGGCCGGAAAUGAAACACACAAAGCUGACAGAGUGACUGUCAGUGUGUUGUUCUGUAAAAUAUUAAAUCUUUCAGCUGAUCAAAUGAAAGAUGAACAACUCAGCUCCAUUUAAUUUGUAAGUCAUUACAUUCAAUGUUUUACAACGUUGUUUAUUCAUUUUCAGGCCAAUAUUCUUCAUUGUGUGCACUAAAUAACAGUGUAACAUCA